GCAAAAAACGCAACGUAAGAGGGAUGCGGCCACACCCCCUCGUCUUAUCUCACUACGCCCCCGAGACCCGUGGGCGAAAAACAAUAUUAAAGGAGUUUGAUGCAACCCUUCACACCAGCCAAUAUGAAAUGGAGACCACAUGAUCCCUCAAAAUGAUAAAACUGUUCGCGCCUUAAGAACUCCCGUGUUGUCAGCCGCUUCGGGAUUUUAACUAUGGAUGAAGACGGAGACACCAACUGAGGGGAUUUAAAAAUCGGGGGUCCCUUUAAGAUGACACGUACGGAUCCCCCUGAUAUAUUAACAUCUACCUUGUAUCAAGACAUAAAGCUUGGCCCUACCUCUGGGCUCUCACAGUAUUCUAGAUCUUCUAAACAAUGUGAUUCUCAAAUGGUUGGCCCACUUGAUCAAAACUUUGAAACCAUAAACAAAAGACAUUGCCGUAGCUUUGACUUCAUUGAAUCAUUGGAUGACCCAAAGAACUUUUCCUCAUCCAUGGAGUAUACCUACAGGUCUGACCAGCAAACAGUGAAUAAGGAUGCAGUCUGGAAUGGCACUGGACAGCAGGGACACUUGCGUUUCUCCUCUCCAGAUUUGUUUAACUCAAAACUCUCCCAGCACCAACUCGGCACAGAUAAGAGCAACGAAGCAGCAAGGACUGGGGUUCAUGGUAAGCCUCGGUCAAAAAGUGCUCCACGGGCUCGAGCCACCCUGACCCCAGUACCCAUUACAGUCUCCCCACCAGCAACCAUGAGGCGUCGAUCUCCGGUUGACCCCCAGAGGAGACCAGAAGUACUGCCAAUUCGACAAGACUCCCAUUCAACAAGCAGGGCUUUGGUUAACGAAGUCCAUCCUAUCAAGCUACAACCCCAUACUCCCCUGUAUGUUUCUGAUUGUUUUGAGGACAACAGACCGGAUAAACAAGCUAACACUCCCCACGUCAGGUGCCGUGUCGAUAUUAAGCCAGAUGCCUCAGUUCUCCAGCACACAACACGGAAGAUGCCUAACCACAGAAGUAAUGUUCCAUGGCAGCUUCCAUCUGCUCCAGGGAUCAGGAGUCAUACAUCCACUUCCAGAACAUCUACUCCUAGUGAGUGUUACAGCAUGGACUACAGGCAAGCAUGUCCAUAUCAAAACAGCAUGUCUAGUAUGAACAUUAAUUCUGGAGAGAUCCCUUUAGGAAGGACUUCUCCCAGAGACCCAAGGGAGUACAGAACCCUGUCAAAUCCGAAUAUUCCAACCAAGUUCUUCUAUACCGAUGAUCCCUGCAGGUAUCCAGUUCAGCCAUCCAAUAGAACAUAUUAUCAAGACGACCAAUACAGUAUUAACAGCAGUGCCAGUCAAAAUCCCUCCCUCAACAGUCAGUACGUACUUGACCCAAGGACUCGCUGGGUUCACACUUUGCCUGUGCGUUCAUACUUUGCAGAUCGCGAACCCAUGGAUGCUUUCUACGGUAGACCUUAUUCAGUGAGCGAGCCAGGUCCAUACUUCAUAUCUACCCCUCCCACUGAAACAUACUAUCAAGAAGAUCCAAGAGCUUAUCCAUAUCCCUCAGACGCUUCAAGGAUGUUCUACACCCGGCCUUAUCAUUACCCAUCAGAGUUACACAUUCCUAUGAGAGCGUAUCAAACAGAAGGUCGACGACGCCCACGCUUGUCCCAGGUCUUUUCAGAUGACUGGCAUCGGUCAAGCAUAGCUACAUAUUCCAGUCAGUACGCAUCCUCGCAGGCAACCCCUCAGCGGGCACCAUCGAUAAGUCCAUGGUAUCCUAAUGACUUUACCGAACCAAGCCGUUUAGGAGCAGAUGUCAGGAAUUACUCGAAAUCCUCGGACAACAUUCUCAUUUCACACAUUGAAAGAGAACAAGGCAUUUCACGAGGCAGGAGUUAUGAGAACCUUCUCAAUCACGGGAGGCCAGGAGUUGCUCCUAAUAACAAUCAACAACCAGUUAUCGUGAACCUUUCUAGUUCGCCUCGACGAUAUGCCGCUUUGUCCCUCUCUGAAAACUGUCUAGAGAAGUGUGCCAGUGAGAGACGAAACAGUUCGGGACGGCACUGGUUUGUAACCCCAGAGAUUACAAUUACCGACAAUGACAUCCGUGCAGCGAACAGCAGCAAGAGAGAUGGAGGCCUCGGCAGCUGGAAAACUCAAAACGUGGGGCAAUCUCCGACUACAAACACACACAACGUACAGAGACCUACAAACCCACCAGAACCAACAGAGAGGAAUAACAAUAAUUACUCCCUGCAGCAAAGCCUGGAACAGCUUGACGAGUUGCUGGCUGACUUGGUCAUUGAUUAUAAACCUCAAAAUAGCAGACGACAGAGCAAGGACUUGAUAGACCAGCUCAAGCAUUUGAUCAACGACGAUGAGACAUUAGAAGGGAAAAGAGAAAUAGAUCAAGAGGAUUCAGGGGUUUUGAACACACAAACAAAUUCUUCAAAGACCAGCCCAGACACGUUUAAAGACCCAGACAGUGGUUGCGAGGGAUUUCUGAGGAGCGUUGAGGAUGUCUCUUUGAAUCACAAUACUGAUGAGGAUGACACAAUGGUGUGCUCCAACAGGAGAUGCUUGCGUAAAGACACAACUUUCAAUGCUUGCUUGUAUUUCAAGUCGUGCCACAGCUGUUAUACAUACUAUUGCUCCAGGAACUGCAGGCGUGGGGACUGGGACACACAUAAAGAAAAUUGUCUUUAUGGCCGCACCAGCAGUGUUUGUAGGCAUAUAUUAAAGCACUGUCGAGAGAACUCUUAUGUUCACAAAGCCUUUUCACGCAUUGCUCGUGUAGGGUAUCUAUCCCGAGGGAGAGGGGUCCUGUUCUUGGGUUUUCCAAACCCAGGAUCUGCAGAAAACUUUCUUCAGGUUGGUCUUGAGAGCCUUACCAUCUCCCCAACAUAUCUGUCUCUUCGAGAAUUGGACAGUUUCAAAGACAACCUCGGGGAAUACUGCAAAGAGCUGCAGAACGAAGGCAAAGAGUAUGACCCCACUGAAUGUUUCCUCCUGAAUGUAUCCAUAGCUGUUGGAGACCUAGUGCCUAAACUUCCUUCACCCAAAUUACAAACGCAGACAGUUCGCAAAUACGCCAAGGUCUCAUUAGCAUCCUCGAGCCCAGAUAAGAAAAUCUUUAAGAAAGAAUGUGAAAUGGAGACGCUCAUUCUCACGCCACCUCCCGGAACUUCUGACAUCGACAAGGAUGGCCAAGAGGGACGAAAAGCAAGAGAGAUCUGUUUCAUUAACAUUCAAAGGGAACUUCGUACCAGAGGCGUCUUUCUUCGCCACGAGUUCCCACAAAUAUACAACCAGCUUUGCGAGUUUGUUGAAAGCAAUUCACGAUUCACUCCCACCACCAUCUACCCCAUUGACAAGAGAACAGGGAAGCAGUUCAUGUGUAUGAUCAUGGCAGCAUCUGAACCAAGAACGCUUGACUGGGUUGGUGCACCUCAUCUUUUAGAUGACAUUAUAUAAUCCUAUGCAUCCAGUAUUAUCAAGCAUUUGCUCUAUAGAAUAAAACUUAAAUGACUAAUGUUUUUAGAUACGCAUUUUAAUAGUGAGGCUAUAUUUAUGGUAUUCGGUCACUUUCUGCCAAUAAGUACUAGAAAUAAUACAAGUUGCUUAUUGGAUAACAAGCCGGACAGCACUAAAUAGUAGAUUCAAGCACAUUUACUUUGUCUUAACAUUUGUUUCUUGUUAACUAUUACUGUAUAUUUCCAAUAUUUCUUCUGGUAGUAUGUUGCAGAGAGGAUAUAAAAUCUAGGAAGCCUUUGCAGAGCCUACAUUUCUCUUGCAAUAUUGAAAGUCUUUGUCUUUAGCUGUUAAGAGAAUGAAAGUGCACUUGCAUGUUAAAUGCAUGCUUGCAAGGGAAAUUUAAUAUUGCUUAACAUUUUAAGAGGGAUGGUUAUUUAUAAAAUAAAUUAUACUGAUAAACAGUGCAGCAGACAACAUGUCAGGCCGGCUUUUUCAUGGAGAAGGUAAAAUAAAUUGCUUGAACGAUUCUUUGUAUUGUACAUGGCAACGGCUUUCUGUAUUGUGUUCAUUAAGUACUACAGUAUAUCUAUUUAAAUGGGUAAAUCAGCUUAAUAUAAACAACUGUUAACUUUACAUUACAGGAAAACCUGAAUUAUGCUCAUUUUCAGUCUACAUAAAAUCUAACUUAUUUUUUCAUCUGAAAUGAUAGUGGUUUAUUUGCCAUAUUCUUAAGUGGUCUUUUUCAUAGUAUUCCAAAGUUCAUAAACUGGAACAUUCUUCUUUGGAAAGAUGACUGUUGUUAAGUAUAAACAUAUACUGUAUAUAAAUUAAGCUAUUUGAAUUUAAAUAAUUUGUAAGGAUUGAUUAAACUUAGAAACCUAUAUUUUGAUGUAGAAAGAAUACAUUUGUAAAAUGAUUUAAGCAGUGGUGUAAAACACAUUUGUAUGCAAGAUUGUGUUAGAAGUUGCACUUAAAUAAACAAAUGAUGGAGAACAUUCACAGACAGCCCACUUUGAAAAUGUAAUCAAUAGCAUGCACUGAACAAACUUUACAGCGACUAGAUAGUCUGUAUAGUGUUACCUUUAUGUUACCAUUGUUAUGCCAUUAUUUAUUUAUUAACUUAUUUAUUUACAUUGCUCACAAAAUUGUGUUCUGUUGACAAGUGUGGCUUUAUUUUCUGUACAAUGGUCAAUAAAUGAAACACUCAAAGGUC